AAGCUCAACACCACUCAAACUUUUGAGAUACCGAGGAUACAUCUCAAGCGCACACCUCCACCACUGUCGCAAUGGGUGUCACACGAACAAAGACUAUCAAGAACAAGCACGCCGCUGCUCCUGGUGCCGCAAAAUCUUCCAAGCGCUCCGCCACUGAUGGCAUCUCUAAGCCCAAGAAGUCAAAGGGCCCCACGCUGAGCAAGCAGGUCAAGGACAAGGGUCGCGAGGCGCUUUUGCAAAAGUUCAAGAACCCUAAGAAGAAGAAGUAUACGGACCAGCAGCUGGGUAUUCCUGAGCUCAACACUGUCACGCCUGUGGGCGUUAUCAAGCCUCGUGGCAAGAAGAAGGGCAAGGUUUUCGCUGAUGAUCAGGUAAGAAGCCGUGGUCCCCAAUGAGCUUGCGCAAUUCUAACCUACUGUUUUUCUAGGAGAGUAUGAGCACCAUCAUG